AUGGGGUGUUGCCUUGUGGUCAUUAGCUACAUUUCUUAUGCCAUGGGCGGCGGAUACUUCAUUAUGGGCUCUACUUGCUACGCGAGCAAUGCUCGGCAUUUUGCUGAUGGCGUGGCUCUUCCUUGUAUGAGCAACAUGAUAGCAAGUUUAAAAGGCGGUGAAGCUAAAAUGUUGAAGAAACUGUAUAAACCUUUUCUUUUAGAUGGUUCCCGGAGACAGAACGAGCCAGGGCUGUUGGGAUUGCAAUGGCUAGAUUUCAACUUUGGAAAUGCAAUAGGACUCACGCAAUCUCCAAUCCUCUUGUCAAAAGGCAGUCUAUUUGGUCCAUUUAUUUCAGAGUAUGAAUUGGAGUACAUAUUAAACAAGGAGUGGAAAUCUUUUCCCAUGGAGAAUAAAUCCAAGGCAAGAAGAAUAAUCCCUCCUUUCAGGCGCUUGCUCUCUAAGAUGCCAACUUGGUCCCUAAUUGUUGCCAACACCAUACAUAGCUGGUCUUUGCUUCCAGUGUCUAGAUUCAGCUCUACUGAGGACGAACACCAUCACCUUCUGAGGAAGAUAUGCUAUAGUGAAUGUUGUGAACAGAUAUAUCAUGUUGACCUCAAACAUGCAGCAUGGUUUAGUGCUGUUCCAUGGAGGGUGAUGGGAUUCAUGGGAUACUUUGGUGGAGAUCCACGACAUGAUUCUGGUGUUUUACGUGGUACCACUAACUCUGUUAUAUAUAAUGAGUUUGGUCUGAUUUUACUUGUUCAGGAUAGAAUAUUGAAUACUGCUGGAACAUUAGCAGCCAUUGUGGGAACUGUUGGAGCUGGUUUCUUUGUUGAACUAGUGGGAUCUUUCCGUGGAUUCUUGAUGCUCACAUCGCUCUUAUAUUUUCUUGCUGCUCUUUUCUACAACAUCUUCUCCACCGGAGAGAAUGAGUUUUGA